AUGCACUAUCGUGGCAUGUUUUGCAGGUGCUGGAGAUACAAAUUUUUCUCAAGCGAUUGCGGCAUGUCGAACUCAUCGCGAAGUUUCCAUGAGAUGCUGACAAAUGAUGGUGAUGUUACGACAAAUGAAGCUGACGAAAGCUUUGCAAGUGAAGUGAGCAAUAAUGAGGAUAUUGUUUCGAUAGCUAAAUCGCUUGUGGGCACCCCGAUUUCUUCUCUCCUGCGCGAGCCGUUCAUCAAAAAGUAUCGAACCAUGCUUCACGCAUGCACUAACAGCAUUGGGAAUAGUGACGAUGAAUCUCGUGCAGUUUUUAAAAAUCGUGUUUACUGGGAUGGUGCGACGAACCAGCGAGUUGUCGUACAAAUGGACGACAUUCAGCUGCUGCGUAGCUUAACUGCGACUGAAGCAGAAGGGGGAGGAGAUACGCUUCGCAAAACGUGGCACUUACUUUACGAUGCCUAUGCUUCACAGUUUGAAAGAAUCUGUCAAGUUGAGGCCGAUUACGGACUUCUUCUUUCCUGUCAGUCCUGCGUGAUCCCGAGAAACGCGAAAUGA